GUGCAGACGUGAAACUGUGGGCGCUUUCUUCCUCACUCUGUCACUGCGCUGCUGUCUGACCUUCACACUGAUCCUCUGCAGCUCACCUGCUCUUUGACACCCUCUGACUCUCACAGUGACUGACAGCUGAGGGGGCGGAGCCUGCAGCCAUGUUGGUGGUGGUGUGGUUACUGAUGAUGAUGAUGAAGAGUGACGCUGGCGCUGCAGACAUCAUCAGAGUGUCUGCCAACAGCAGCACGAGAGUCAUGCUGGCCUCAGGCCUGCAGGGGGACCCGAGGGCACGCGGGUACGACGUCAGGUGGACUCAGAUCCCUCACCUGCUGCUGAACUGGAACCGGAGCACGUGCUCCCACGGACGCUGCUCGAUGCUCCCUGACGGCUCGCUCGAGUUCAGCCAACUUCAGACCCAAGACUCCGGAAACUACACGCUGGAGGUGUUUGACAAGACUGGGUCGAGACUGCAGACCAAAGACUUCCUGCUGCAGGUGACAGGGUUUGCUCAGCGAGCGACGAGUAGUGGCGGCGUGAACACCGCUUUCUCUGGGAAGAUGGAGGAACCGACAGACGGGGUAGCGUUACAUCCGGCGGGCCGGGCAAGAAAUCCUCCAGCAGUUGGAGCAGACCGCAGCAGCAGCCAUGUGGUGUCUUCAGUGUCCGUCUGCGUCGUCCUGCUGGUUCUGUUGCUCUUCUUCAUCGUGGUCUUCAUCCUGAGGAAGAGGAGGGUUCAGAGGAAGAAAACCACAGGUCAGGAGGAGGAGAAGGAGGAGAACAUUUAUGUGGCGAUGAGGAGGAACGAAGAAGAGGAGGAGGAGAAGAAACCGGAGGAAGAGCCCCUCUAUGGUAGGCACACUCUGACCCUGAUGUUCCCUUCAGUCCUACAGUUUCCUCCCAGCAUGAAGACAGUGUCUACAUGUGAGGACCAAUCAGAGCCCAGCGUGUCUGCUCUGUAUGGAAGCCUUUGA